AUGGCUCCGAAACUAGAUAUAAUAUUACAUCCACCAGAGAACGGUGAAUUUUAUAGCUCCGAUGAUCUGAUAUCUGGAACAAUUGUAUUGGAUUUGACCAAAUCAUUGUCAAUUAAACAAAUUAAAGUGGGCUUGAAAGGUUUCACCGAGACAACUACAAAAAUGGACUCUGAAUAUGUUUUUCCUCAGAAUGGUAUGUUAGGUCCCGCCACCGAAAAUAAGUCCUACCAUAAUUUAGUGCGAGAGGAGAGAAGAGUAUUUCCUCCCGAUAAUGUCUGGGAUGCACUGGAAGGGUCUUCAAAACCGUUUAAAGUUAAGCCAGGUCAUUAUGAGUACAUGUUUCAAUUCAACAAAUUACCAUCGAAGCCAAUGUGCUUGAAAAAUCAUACCAAGAAAACAAUUUGCUUUGUGUCCAAAAGCCAAUCAACUAUGCCACCGAGUUUUAAUACUCAAUGGAGAGAGCUGAAUAAAAUCGAUAAUUUGGAUUUGUACUUCUAUUCGUUCGGAAAAAUUAUAUACGUGGUUGAAGUUGAAAUAGAAAUGGGGAGGCCAAGAACUUGGUUUAAACCAUUUGAUAAAAUGUUAAGAGAACCAAAGAUCAUUGAAUUUAUCCCAGAACCGAAGAAAUUUGCAAGUAAUGAAACUGUAACAAGAUCAGGGCGCAAUAAUCAUGGAGUAAUUGAUUACAUUUCUAAGAAUAAUUCUUCAAAAUCACUUUCUGCUAUGCAGGAAUCUGAAGAUGGUGUCACGGCAAUAGCACCAAAUGGUCCAGAUGAAAAAUUUCUAGCAAGGAACUUAGACCAACUUGACAUUAAUAAUGACUUGGAAUAUGAAAUUGAAGAGACAGAAGAAAAUCCAAUGAAAAGAUAUAAAUGUAGAUAUCCAUUGGGAUUGCCAGAUGGUGCUAGCAUGAUGUGGGUAGAGGUUAGAAGUAGAGAUAUUGAUACCAUAUACAGACAGGACUUCUUGUUCAGACAAGGUUCUGGGAACUUUGAUAAUGUCUAUUUAAUUGUCAAAGGUAAUUUAUCGUUCUCAGACUUUUCAAACAUAUCUGUAAAACCUACUAGACUACAACUGAACCUACUUGAGACUGUAUCAUAUUUAUCGCAGGGAAUUGGAAAUGAGAACUUUUCUUCGCUUAAAUUGAUGGAGAUUGAUAACUUGUCGAAAUCUGAUAGACCUCUAUUUGAUACAAAUGAACUUAAGUUUAUUAGUUCGAAAAAUCAUGAAAUAAUGGAAUGUGAAAUCAAGCUAAAAGACAAUCCUAUCCUGAAACGUUUACAAUUCAAUGAAGAGGAUUAUAAGCAUCGUGGUAACAGGCUCUAUAGUUUCAAAACUUGUGUCAUCACUAGAUUGUUUAGCUAUCAAUUGCUAAUUGAUUGGAAUAUUAAUGGACAAACAAGACAAACAGAGACCAUUAUUCCAGUACAAGUAUUUGCUCAUAAAAGGCCACCACCUGUAAACGAAGCGCUUCCACGUUACGUUGAACCACCAAGCUAUGACGAUCAUGUUUAA